AAAAAAAAUAAAAGACAGGACACACACACGACACACACACACACACACACGUAACAAAUGCAAACAUGUCGCUACCCAACGAACAGACAACAGACUUGCAGCACAAUCAGACAGAACCAGAGCCCAGGCAGCAUGAGAUACUGCCAUCCACAGGCACCGCACCAUCCACAGCCACAACAACACCAUAUACAACACCAUCCACAACCACACACACCACACCCAAUGAGCUGAAACAUCGACUGACGCCGCUCAAUGUGAGACGCCUCUCCGGCUAUGCCAAUCCGCAAAUGGUGAACGAUGCAACAGGAGCAGGAGCGGGAGCAGGAACGGGAACAGGAGCAGGAGCAGGAGCAGCAAUUGACAAUGAUCCGCCACCCAUCACAAUCAACAUGAAUAUGAGCCACAAUAAUAAUAAUAAUAACAACAAUAAUACAAACAACAAAAACACAACAACAACAACAACAACGCCACCAUCCGCAUAUGCCACACCACCAAUAUACCAACAACAAUUGUCUACACUGACAGCAACCACGCCCCUAGAUGUUUUGGCAUCGGAUGAUAAAUAUAAAUUGUUUACCAUUUUCAAUGGAAACGAUCCCGACAAUGAGAAGUUGUCCGGCCUACCACAUUCGACAACUGGUUCACUAAGCUCAAUCAUCACGACGUCCAUAGCAUCCUCCGAACCGGAUCCUGGUGCAGCGAGUGCCGGCGGCGGUGGAGGUGCGGGAAGCGGCGGCGGUGGCGGCGGCGGCGGCAGCGGAGGCAGCGGCCCCAAUGCCCUGGUGGCAGCAGACGCAGCCAGCAUCGCUGGCAUCAAUGGCAGCUCCGAGGAGAAGCUGGCACUUAAUCGGCCUGGCAUCAAGCAGGAGAAAUGGUCAACGAUCCUGCUGCAGGUCUCCAUACCGUUCUUCCUCGCCGGCAUUGGAACCAUCGGGGCUGGCAUUGUGCUUGGAAAAGUAGAGAAAUGGUACGUCUUUAAGAAUGUGAGCGAGCUGUUUAUCCUGGUGCCGGCGCUGUUGGGUCUGAAGGGAAAUCUGGACAUGUGCCUCGCCUCGCGUCUGUCCACACAAGUGAAUCUGGGGAAUAUGACGAGCCGGCAGGAUGUGGUGCGAAUGAUUGUGGGCAAUAUAGCAUUGGUGCAGGUCCAGGCCACUGUUGCCUCCUUUCUGGUGGCCAUGUUCGCUGUGAGCGUGGGUGCGGCCAUGACAGGAGAAUUCUACUUUGAGAACGUAAUGCUGCUGACAGCCUCGGCCAUGUUCACGGCCACCUCAUCGUGCUUUGUUUUGGAUUUCGUUUUGGUGGCUGUGAUCCUGUUCUCGCAGAAAUACCACUUGAAUCCGGAUAACCUGGCCACACCGCUGGCCGCCUCCAUCGGCGAUGUGGUGUCCAUAAGUCUGCUCUCCUUCAUUGCUUCGCUGCUGUAUGAGAACAUAAAGACCCAUCUGUGGAUCACUUUCAUUGUGAUCACCUGCUAUCUGGUGCUGUUGCCCAUGUGGGUGCUGAUUGUGAUGCGGAACGAGUACACGCGUCCGGUGCUGAAGAGCGGUUGGGUGCCAGUGCUGUCGGCCCUCUGCAUAAGUGGACUUGGCGGCCUUGUUUUGGAUGCUGCUGUUGAGGUCUUUGAUGGCUUUGUGGUCUUUCAGCCGAUCAUUAAUGGAAUUGGCGGGAAUCUGGUGUCGGUGCAGGCAAGCAAGAUAUCGACAAUGCUGCAUCAGAGCUCAAUUAUUGGCAUUAUACCACCGCACGCAAAGAUCUGGGAGUGGCCCUGGAAGGCGUUAUUCAAAGGCGUUCCCUAUGCGAAGACAGCAAGGAUACUCAUCGCCAUGUCCAUACCGGGCAAUGUGCUGUUUAUUUUUGCGGCUGACUACAUAAACAUGCACACCUCAACCGUGUCCUGGGUGUUUAUGCUCUCCUAUCUGCUGGCCAGUUUCAUUCAGGUAACGCUGCUGCUGUACAUUGCCCACAUCAUUGUGCAUGCCAUGUGGAAGUGGAAGAUCGAUCCGGACAACUCGGCCAUACCCUACCUGACGGCGCUGGGCGAUCUGCUGGGCAGCAGUCUGCUGGCCGUCGCGUGGAUCUUCACCAUGUCCGUGGGCAUGCAGUACGGUGCUGGCGUGGAGAAUGCUCUCAAUGCACCCAACUAAAUGGCAAAUGUUUCCUCCUAAACUAAUGCAAUAGAAACAACAAACACAAGAAACCCAAACAAAAUGAAAGCAGCCGCAAAUCAAUAUAAAGAACUGUUAUGUACCUAAAGAGAAAAGCAAAAUAACAACAUAGAAAUCCUAGAAGUUGUAUGUAUAGUCUGUACCAGUCUUAUGUAACCCACAAAAACACCAACACACACAUAAUAAUUUCCAAUGUUUAGUUUGUCCUUUUGUCCUUCACAUGGCUUUUGCUUGUGUUCUCCUUCAAUUUUGCUCUACAAACGAAGUUAUGUUCGAGUAUAUAGCCCAUACAUCUGUACAUAUAUUUGUAUACAUGGCAGGCGUGGCUGCAUAAUAUUUUUUAAGGCUUUUAGGACAAUAUUAUACACAAUUUAAAGAGUUAUAUGCGUAUACAAAAUGGGGGAAAACGACAGAGCUAGACUUUUGCAUGUGCAACGGGGCAUUGCCCAGCCCUUGUUCUUGUUCCUUUUGCUUUUGCUUUAACCCUUCUACUUUUGUUAACCCUAAGGCAGCCAAACAAGAAGUAAUAAUUGAAUCGUGUAAAUGCAAAAGUAGUCCUUAACAAUAGAAUAAAAAUACUUAAUUCCCAUGUUGGUUAGUCCCUAACUAGCCUAAAACAAUGUCUAGUAUUAGCGCAGAUUUGAUUUUUGCAAAUCUCGCUUAAUUUUUUUUUUUCCUUUUUUUUACUAUUAAUAUUGUAUAUUUCCAUUUCCAACCUGCCCACCCCAGCCCCUAAGAGAGAGAGAGAGAGAGGCAAUAAUUGAACACACGGCAAAACGAUAUUUAUUAUUAUUAUUGCACAUUAGUUAAGACGCGUGUGCAUUCCUCUUUUAAUUGUAUAUUUGUAUAGAAAUGUAUUUUUUUUAAGUUAAAGCGUGCUUUGUUUUUUUUUUGCUAUUUGUUUGUUUAUUUCCUUAAAACCGAAAAAUGAUGUAAAGUGCGCGUGUGCGUGGAGUGUAAAAACGAAAGAAAUGCGAACAGGGAUAAUGAAAACGAUGAGAAUGAGAGAAGUUCUGAAAGGAAAUGUGAUCGAUAUUUAGUUAUAAUAAUAACAAUAAUUAUAAAUUAAUGUACAUCAUAAACGAGAGGGCAUCAUUAUUGUGUAAUACUUGAAACAAUAAUACCAAUUAAAUAAAUAUGUUGGAAUAAACGAAAGCAAAACGUUCA